UGCUGCAGUCUUGUACCGUCUUUUGUGUCUGUGUGUUUUUUGUGUGUCUUUCUGUGUUCAUCCCCUGUUCUGCAAUCGAGCCACGACAGGAAAGAAGUCUCAUCUGAGAUGCUGGGGCCACUCUACAACCAAACGAUGGACACCUCUGCCACAUUCUUCCUCGCAGGUAUUCCAGGAUUGCAGUCUUCCUAUUUCUGGCUGGCUAUCUUACUGAGUGCCAUGUACACCAUAGCCCUGAUAGGAAACACCCUCAUCAUGACUGUAGUCUGGAUGGAUUCCACUCUACAAGAGCCCAUGUAUAGCUUCCUGUGUGUUCUGGCUGCCGUGGACAUUGUUAUGGCCUCAUCUGUGGUACCCAAGAUGGUGAGCAUCUUCUGCUCAGGAGACAGUUCUAUCAGCUUUAAUGCUUGUUUCACUCAGAUGUAUUUUGUCCAUGCAGCCACAGCUAUGGAAACAGGUCUGCUGCUGGCCAUGGCUUUUGACCGCUAUGUUGCCAUCUGCAAGCCCCUACACUACAAGAGAAUACUCACACCCCAAGUGACUCUGGGAAUCAGUGUGACCAUCACCAUCAGAGCUGUCACAGCCAUGACACCACUGAGUUGGAUGGUGAGCCAUCUUCCUUUCUGUGGCUCCAAUGUGGUUUCCCACUCCUACUGUGAGCACAUAGCUGUGGCCAAGUUAGCAUGUGCUGACUUCAUGCCCAGCAGUCUCUACGGUCUGGUUGUUUCCUCCAUUAUUGUGGGCUCUGAUGUGGUCUUCAUUGCUGCCUCCUAUAUCUUGAUUCUUAGGGCAGUGUUUGGUCUCUCCUCAAGGAAUGCUCAGUUGAAAGCAUUAAGCACAUGUGGCUCCCAUGUGGGAGUUAUGGCUCUGUACUAUCUACCUGGGAUAGUAUCUGUCUAUGUAGCCUGGCUAGGGCAGGAUGUAGUGCCCUUGCACACCCAGGUGCUGUUAGCUGACUUGUACCUGGUCAUCCCACCCACUUUAAACCCCAUCAUCUAUGGGAUGAGGACCAAACAAAUGAGGGAGAGAAUAUGGAGUUUGCUGAUGCAUUGGCUCUUUGGCCAUUCCAACCUGCGUUCAUGAAAACACAACCUCUGUUCAGACCUUGAGCAUUCUAGCCACCUUCAAAGAUGUCUUAGAGAUUGGUGGAGCUGCAUUGGUUACAUUGGUGCUACUGGAAUUCUCAAAUGAAUCUGUAAAGGGUAUCCUUGUGUAGCAUUUCAAUUCCUAGCAAGAAUGUGAAUGAAAUAUUUCUGAUAUUCUGAACACAUUUUCAAUGGUUUUAGUAAGCCAGUCCUGAAUCAGAGACACCUGUGGGCAGAGAAUACAGGUUUGGGAUUUUUCUUUCUUUAGCUUCUGACACACAUUUCCAACCUAAUUCCUACCAAGUUUAUCUGCCAAAGAAAUCAACUGUUUUGUAUCCCUGCACAAACCUGGCUGAUUUUCUCAGAACUGCUCCUCACCUCAUGUGAUUAUAUGGAGUAAGAAUUAGAAUAUGACCCUGCCCUCUGGUCCAGUGAUGAAUCUAUUCAAUUUGACUCAUGUGCUCACACCUACAUGAGAGUCAUCCAGUCAACAAGAAUUCCAGUUUAUCUGGGGAGACUUGGAAUCAGAGAUGGUGGUCAUUUUAUAAUGCAUGGACCUGGAAAGAGGAAACUGGCCCACAUUAGCAUGAUGGGAUGAAAAGAAUAAGCCUCUUGUUCUCUGAUUCCAAUUCACUUUGGAAACUCAGGUACAUCCUUUAAGUUCUAUAAAAUAUCUCUAUAUCCUAUUAAUUUAUCCUCUAUUGCUAAGCUAGCUGGAGUUAGUGUAACAAAAAGUUAAUAGCUUUUUGUGUUUAAGCAACAAACACUAUGUCCACGUGACUUUGGUUUUGGAAAGCUCUUUUUGCUUCAUAGUCCUGCUCCUCUUAACUUUUCCUUAAGGCAUACAAGACAAGGAUUGAAUAUAACAUUAGUUUUCUUCUUCUGGGCACCUCUUAGGAGGUGUGCUCUCAGAUGUGAAGGUUAACAGAGAACAAUAUAGAUGAAGAAGUUGAAAUGUCCUUACUCUGGAUGAUUAUAUGAUUUUCGUUUUUGUUUUUUCCCCUUUUCAGAAAGUCUUAAAGUGAGUAAUUCAUAUACAUUAAAGGAAAAAGAUCUCAUAUAUGAGUAGUAGUUAUAUUUGACUUGGAAUUGAAAAUCUUAAUAAAUUGAUAAUUUCCUAGUGUUGAUUUUCAAAGUGCAAGAAGAAACUAUGUCAAUAGCAAGUUAUAGUAUCUAAGUCUUAACAUUGCCUUUCUACUAAUAGGGGAUAUGAUGUUAAUUAAUAGAGGGUAUUGUAGGUUAAAAAAAUAAUGAAUGGAAAGCAUAUAACAUAACCUCUGACAUAUUGUAUGUACUUAAAAAUAUAUUUAAUACAUUUCUAAUUCCAUAGUUUUAAGGAAUAGUCUUAUAUAGAUCCAUUAUCAUAUAACACUUUUAAAUACACCAGCUGCUUAACAACUUAGUAUCCAUCCAUCUCUUUUGCUAAUAUUGGACUUGUUUACCUACCAAGAAUGUAUUCUAUUUCUGAAGACUAGCAGAGUAGGAAUCAUACUAUUAAAAAUUUGAUAAUGAUACACUGAGGUCCCAAAGAGCAGUAAAAAGAAACUCUUUUUCCCUUGUAAACCUUUACAUACAAACAAACAAAAGGUUGUUAAAUGUAUUUGGUAAGAUACUCAUUUUGAAAAGUCACAUUAUUCUUUUUCCAUAAGCAACCUAACAAGUUGACUAUGUCCAUUAAAUCAAUGAAUAUUAGCUGCAUUAAAGAGUCAGAUGUAAGGCAACAAAUGUAUAGUCUUGCCUACAUCCAAAACAGAAAUUUCUUCCUAGCAUUUAUAUUGGGAAGUCUGUCCUACCGGCUCUGUGUUUCAUCUUCAGAGGAAUUCCCUGAAAUGAGAUGGAACUCACUGUUAGCACUUGAAUGCUUACUGAACUACAUACAUAAAGUGUACUGGUUCCUUGCCAUGGCUACCCCCAAACAAAAGUCCCGUGCCUCUCAUAAGACACUGAGACACGGCCUCUGCCCUGACACAUGAAAUAAAGUGUGUUCACUUACCUAGGGCCUGGGACACACAGUAGACCCUUAAUGUUUGGAUUUUAAGAGAUUCAACCAACCUUGCUUGAAAAAGGGCAGACUGGAUUUCCUGUGGGGAGUUUUAAACUCAUGGAUUUGCCCUUCCAUGUUUUUCUUUUGCAAGACCCAACCCUUUUAAUCCUUUUAGCUCCCUUCACCCUUAAUGGUCAGGCAUAGCAGCCCUCGGUUUCUCUGCUAGUAACAAAGGAUGAGAAAAGCUCAUUUCUGCCUCGUAAUGAGUAAGUGCAAGAUGUUGGGGAUGCCACCCUGGGCAUCACGGGGAGCCAUGCAGCCACCACCUCAGCGUGGCUGCCUGCCUCCUCCCCUUCUGGACCAUGUUUGAAAGUCACAGUAGAAGAAAUGAUCCAUUAAAUUCUAUUUGAACAUAUGGGUAAUUAAGUAUCGUCUAGUUUUUACUGCCCCAUUUAGGCAGGAAGAGCUUUUUUUCUGUUUUGAUUCUAGACAUAUCGAUGAAUGUUCCCUCACUUAAAUAUUUAAAAAAUGGGGCUUAGGGGGGGUUGGGAGGGGUGGAGGGGGGACCAUUCCCAGGAUACAAUGGUGAACCAGAAAAACACGGCCCUUUUCUUCAUGUAGUUUUUAGAAGGGGAUAUAAAAAAACCACCCUUUAGAAAGUCAUUUUCAUGCACUAAAAAACUUCAACCUUAUUGCCUGGGCUUAAAAAUCAGACAAUGUGAAUUAACAUGGCAUCGUUUAACCUUGUAAUUCUUCUAACAAGUAAUCAUGGUACCCAAAUCAGCUUAUAAAUAUACUAAACAAACCCAAAAUAGUACAUUAUAAAUGAAUGUAUUUCAUUCCUUAAUUCAUUCCAGGUUUGAAUGAAUUUAAUAUCUAAUAAUCCUCUUUUGCUAGGAAUUUUCCAAAAUGUGUUCUAAUAAGACCAUGGUAAAAGAACAAUAUUGAUUUAUCCUGGCUCUCCUCUAAGUGUCCAGGGACAUAACUAGAAGUGCUUUUUAAUGACCUCUUUCUCAACUCUAUUCCCCAGGGGCUUGCCCCACAAAUAGAUACCUGGUCCCUCUAAUGUAGGAAGGCUCCACCCUUUGCCAGGACCAGGUCUGUGAGUCACCAGCUCAUUCCCCACCAACCGGCUGAUGGAAAUGUCUCCCCUUCUACUGCGAAUUCUCAAGGAAUAACUUGAAAGCUCAGUGGCUAGAAUGAGUUUAUGUCUUCA